AUGUUGCUGCGUGACCCCUCUGCCUGGCAUUAUGAGGAUGUGAGGUGGGUGACAUUAGGAUGCGGGUACCGCUGUCUGGCAGCGCCCACCCAUGCUGGCAGUACUGGUGCUGCCAGGAAGUCUCCCUUCACUGAAUACGUUGGGAUUGAACCUCCUAGUCCCUACACCAACUUGGAGACUCAGGAUGGCUAUUUUUCCCACCGACCGAAAGAGAAAACGCGAACAGACAGCAAUAAUGAAAAUUCAGUUCCCAAGGACUUUGAAAAUAUUGAUAACAGUAACUUUGCUCCCAGGACUCAGAGGCAAAAACACCAGUCUGAGCUGGUGAAAAAACCCCUUAGCAAGCAAAAGGAGCACUUGAGAAAGAAACUGGAAGAGGAGAAGAUGAAGGAGAACUUGCUGCUGGCAAAGAACUCCAAUGAGGUGGUGCAAUUCAGUGAUCACCCCGGAAAAAACAGCAGCAGCAACAACAACAAUUUGAAGGAGAUUCACGUGUCUCCUAGGCAGCAUCAUUUAAAAAAAAGUGGAAACAGCUCCCCUGAACUGAAAUACGAUCAGCCACCAAAGUGUGAAGUAACAGGCAAAGAGGCAAUCUCAGCCAUGUCCCGGGCUAAAUCUAAGCAGUGUCGGCAGGAGAUCGCCGAGGUGUAUUGUCAGCACAAGCAUGGAAAGCUGAUGCCCGAGAAGGUGACGCGUUUCUGUACGCUGGAGGGAAAAGCCAACAACAAUGUACAGUGGGAUGAGGACUCCGUAGAAUACAUGCCAGCCAACCCAGUCAGGAUCGCAUUUGUCUUGGUUGUUCAUGGCAGAGCUUCUCGGCAGCUCCAACGCAUGUUUAAGGCUAUUUACCAUAAAGACCAUUUUUAUUACAUUCAUGUUGACAAGCGAUCAAAUUACUUGCACCGGCAAGUGCUCCAGUUUGCCAACCAGUACCCAAAUGUGAGAGUCACUUCUUGGAGAAUGGCAACUAUCUGGGGAGGAGCAAGUCUUCUGUCCACCUACCUGCAGACCAUGAGGGACUUAAUGGAGAUGAAUGAUUGGCCAUGGGAUUUCUUCAUUAACCUCAGUGCUGCCGACUACCCAAUCAGGACAAAUGACCAGCUAGUAGCAUUCCUGUCCAGAUAUCGUGAUAUGAACUUCUUGAAAUCACAUGGGAGAGACAACGCAAGAUUUAUCAGAAAACAAGGACUGGAUCGGCUUUUCCUGGAAUGUGAUACCCACAUGUGGCGCCUGGGGGACAGGAGGAUCCCAGAAGGAAUUGCAGUCGAUGGAGGGUCGGACUGGUUUCUCCUGAACAGGAAGUUUGUGGAAUAUGUCACUUUUUCUAAUGAUGAUCUGGUAACAAAGAUGAAGAGGUUUUACUCUUACACCUUGCUUCCUGCUGAGUCCUUCUUUCACACUGUCCUGGAAAAUAGCCCGUACUGUGACUCCAUGGUGGACAACAACUUGCGCAUCACAAACUGGAACCGUAAACUUGGUUGCAAAUGUCAGUACAAGCACAUUGUUGACUGGUGUGGCUGUUCACCUAACGACUUCAAACCAGCAGACUUCCACCGAUUCCAGCAGACCGCCAGGCCAACUUUCUUUGCCCGCAAAUUUGAAGCAGUAGUGAAUCAAGAGAUAAUUGGCCAGUUGGACUACUACUUGUACGGCAACUACCCCUCUGGCACACCAGGCCUGCGGUCCUACUGGGAGAACGCGUACGAUGAGCCUGACGGCGUGCACACCCUCAGCGACGUCGCCCUCACCAUGUACCAUGCGUUCUCCCGCUUGGGCCUGCGGAGAGCCGAGACUUCGUUCCACGCUGCUGGAGACAACAGCUGCCGAUACUACCCUAUGGGCCAUCCAGUUUCCGUCCACCUUUACUUCCUUGCUGACCGUUUCCAAGGCUUCCUAAUCAGACACCACGCAACCAAUCUGGCUGUCAGUAAACUGGAAACUUUGGAAACCUGGGUGAUGCCAAAGAAAGUCUUUAAGAUCGCAAGUCCACCAAGCGAUUUUGGAAGGCUGCAGUUCUCAGAGAUUGGCACCGAAUGGGACGCCAAGGAAAGGAUUUUCCGGAAUUUCGGAGGACUCCUCGGGCCGACAGAUGAGCCAGUUGGCAUGCAGAAAUGGGGAAAAGGCCCCAACGUCACCGUCACUGUCAUUUGGGUGGAUCCUGUUAAUGUCAUCGCAGCAACGUAUGACAUCCUUAUUGAAUCCAGUGCCGAAUUUACUCACUACAAACCACCUUUGAAUUUGCCCCUGCGACCCGGUGUCUGGACGAUAAAAAUUCUGCACCACUGGGUCCAGGUAGCUGAAACCAAAUUCCUUGUUACUCCUCUCACCUUCUCUAAUCGGCAGCCUAUCAAACAAGAGGAAGCCAUGAAGUAUCACAGUGGGCCUCCAAAGAACGCAUACAUGGAGCAGAGCUUCCAGGGCUUGAACCCCGUCCUGAAUAUCCCCAUCAGUGCUGCCCGCAUGGACCAGGCCAAGAGGAACGCGGGGCUCGUGGGCGCCCAGCUGGAAGCCUGGGUGGACUCUCUGGUUGGCAGCAUCUGGUCAGCUGUGGACAUCUGCAGCACAGGACCCACCGCCUGCCCGGUCAUGCAGGGCUGUGCCCAGACAGCCUGGAGCUCCCUCAGCCCCGACCCCAAAUCCGAGCUGGGACCUGUCAAACCCGACGGCCGCCUGAGGUAGCAUCCGGUACGCUCUGCUCCGGCAUAGGUUUUUAAAAGGGAAUUUAACCUUGCUCAUAUGUGAAUCUCGCAUCAGAUUUCAGAAACCUAAGGGAACAUUAUAUUUUUUUGUUACUUAUUGCAAUAUAAUUAAUUUAAAAAAAAAAAAAAGGAAAAAAAGAAAAAGCUCUGACAAGGCCUUUGGCACUGCCCUCUCCAUCAGCUCUGUCAGGAGCAGCCUUGGUGGCCCCACAGCCUCUGCUGCCCCGCAGUUCCCAGCUGCACCGCACACCCUCCGUGGGUUUUGAAACAGUAGCAGCAAGCCAUGGAGAGGGCAGUGAACGAGCAGCUGCCAAAAGUGUUUUUUAAAAAUAAAUUUGUCUGUACCUCUGCUGUUUCAUAGGCUUUCAUUAUUUUGCUACCAUGAAUAAAUCACAGCAAAAUUCCCUUUACUUACAUUUCCUGGGGAGGUUGGUUACUGCAGGCUGGAGCCUGUAUGGCCGCAUUACCUCGCAGAACAUGGAGUAAUUAUGAUACACCCUCACUCUUUCUUUUUUUUUUUAUUAACACAAACAAAUUCUGGACUCAGCUAAUGUCUGUUGUUAUCCUAGUUAGAGAAAAUGAGCAAAAGCAGAAACUUUCAGAUUAUUUUCAGAGAUUUCUUAGACUAAUUUCAUUAUAAACUCUAAACGGAAGCAGUGUUUUGCUAUAUUAAUCUUUUAUGUCUCAUUCAGUCAGGUUCAGGGUCUGGGAGUGUUAUUUGAAGAAUAAAGAAGCAUUUUGGAUUUCAGCCCUUUCAAAUCUGCAGGUUUUUUUUUCCAAGCCCACCAGCACCUAAGCAUUUUUGCAGAUUUCCAGUACAGCAAGUGUGUAUUUCGGGGGUGGGUUGUGAUUUGUCUGCUCACACCCUUUGCUGAUUUUGCUCAUGAGCCGAGCUUAGUGUCUUCUCAGGCAGUGGAGUUGCACAGAACCAGUAAAAUGGUAGAAUUGGGACCUAAGUCUGCAACAACACGUUUCUUUCCUAAUUUGAGUAGCAGCUAGUAAGUCUUAACACUAAUUCCCUCCCUUGAUCUCAGAUAUGCCAGCUCUUCAUGAAGAAGGGUCCUUCUAGGCUUGUGCAGGGCAUCUGGCUGUGCGGGACGUGGGUUCCUGACCGAAGCCACGAGCGGACCGUGAAGGAGAGCAGUGCUGUGUUUCUCAAUGCUUUUACUUUAUUCUGUCAGCAAACUGUACCCUUCUCUGUCUUCAGAAUUUCUAGCAGGCUGCAUCCUGUUUUAAAUAGGCAUCUUUUACAUCAUUUUAAGCUGCAUUUUCUACAGUAGGAAAAAAUUCCUUUACAUUCCAAGAACUUUUUAAGUAUAGGCAAAAUCAUCUCCAACUAAUGCAUUUUACAUUAGCAUAAAGCAUGCACUUUGUUGUUGCUGUGGUAAUCUCAUGUUAACAACAUAACCUACAACGCCUAUUAAAAGCUAUUGGGUUAAUUUGGAAAAAAGUCCUGUUGAUGUAAUAAAGUAAGGUAUCUGUUUACCCUUCUGUGUGUAUGACUAACUUGCUGCUGAGAGUUAAGCAUCCACAUCAGAAGGGAAACAGACCCUUAAAUCAUUCUGUAAUCACAUCGCACCUCUCAGAAAGGUUGAAUUCCCUUUUAAACAACAGUUGUGAGAUGAUCGUAACACAGAUCCCAGUGGCUCGUAGUAUCUCUCUCUGUAGUAUUGGUUUAAAGCUACUUGCAGUUUGCUUUGGACUUGAAAUUGCGGUGUCAGCUGUGCUGGCAUUAAGGCAGAGCAUUGAAAUGUUUAUCUGGCACAAAAAUGGAUGCAUAGAAGGAAGAAUUUAGGUAUUUAUUAUUUAUGUUUUAGUCAAUGACUAAUUAGUAGGUGCUGCUUUUGCAGCUUGAAGAUUAUGUUAUCUUACUAACUGAAGAUGCCUUUAUUAAGAAAAGGCCUUCCUCCCCUCACACCUCCCUUUCUUUUUUGUCUUGAUUUUGACAGUCACGAGAGCUGUAGUUUUAGGAAAGGUUGUAGCAAUGAGAGCUGGUUGAAAUACUUCAGCCAAGAGAAAUGUUCCAGCUUUUCAACUGGCUCUAGAGGCAAGCGUGUUUAAAACCAGGGUUGCCAACAGGUUUAUAUAAUAGAAACACAGUGUUAUUACUUACUCAGUAGGGGUUUUUUAACAGUGCUUGUUUUUAAUGUAACAUUCCUUCAUGAAGUUCAAAUUUUCUGGGGACCUCCAAUCCUCACUGUGAAAUCCAGGGCUUUAGUCACACUGAUGCAAUGGCAACUGCACCGUUCAAGCCCUACAGAUUAAAUGAAGAACACCAUAUUUAGGGCACACAAUAAAAUUCAUUAACAAUCCUAGUCAGUGAUUGUUCUCAAUAAGACUACCGGGGUAGACACAAAACCUUCAGUCUGUCUUGUACAUGAGCAUAUGUAUAAGGGUGCACCCACACACACACAUGCAGAUAACUUGGUUUUUAAAUGUGAUACUUUUUUAAUUCUUAAACAGGAAUCUUUUUAAGUGCUUUGUUUAUAAGUUUUCAUUAUUAAUUAGACAAAGCAGAAGGUGGCGACAAUCCUAUCUUCUGUGGGUAGAAGAAAAUGUGCCACUUUUAUCAUUUAAAAAUAAGAUACAAAUUAUUUUGUUUUAGUACCAAAAAGGGAAAGAAAGAAAAUGGUUGCUGUAUUUAUUUGCAUUAUGUGCUAAGUUCAAAAUAUCUCAAAACAACAUUUGUUAGUUUAUUUUCUGAAAGACAGAAAGCAUCUACACCAAGAAGUUUCGUAGCAAGCUGGCAAUGCCAGUGCUGCUGUUAAAACAUAUGAUGGAAAACUCAAGAGGCUGGUCCUGCAGUCCUUUCUGAGGCAAAACUUCCACAGAGCGUUCAUGCUGAGUAAGGACUUCAGACAGUGUGCUCUGAGUAAAUACUGUCUGUGUCUGAAGUCAUCAAAGGAUGAGCUGCCACGUUUGGAACAUCUUCUGGGGACACUGUCGAGUUUUGGACCUAAACAACCACCUGCAGACACAGAUCCGUAAGUUCUAUACAGGACACUGUGUCUGAGUUACAAAGUGCUGUAGUUGUGAAGAAAAACCAUGGAAAGGAGGGCUCUGUGUCAGGGAUCAGAACUUGCUCCAGGCUGAUUCUGUGGUAGCGCUGCUAAGACCAACAUCCUACUUAGUGGCUUUUCUGGUUUGAAAUGGCACAUGGAACCUAUGAUGAAUAUUCUGUUUUGUUAGAAGAGAGUAACUUCACAGAUCUUACAUUUGGUGAAAAGGAGAAUUCAGAGCAGGGACGCACAGUUCGUAUAAAACAAGAAAGUUAUGCAUCUUCAUUUGAAUGUGCAAGUGUUAUUUUCCAGUCACGCUGGCUGGUCCUGGUUGAACGGGACUCAAACUGAAAGCCAGUUUUGAUCAAAAUCCCUUUCUACGGGAGAGGGGUGUGUUUCCCUGUGCACACAUCUGUCCUGUGUGCGAUGCUUUGCUCGUUUAAAUUCCCUGCCCAUUCUGUGCGAUGGCCACACAACGCUUCUGUGAUCCAUCAGCAUUGCACAGGAAGGGAAUGUGGCAAAAUGUAGAACAUCUACGUAUGUGAUUUAAUGAUUUAUGUCCAAAGUCAGUGUUAGCAUUAUGCAGACUUGUUUAUAUGGUAACAUUAAGCCUUGAGGCUAAUAGAAAUAGCUCAAAUUACAAUUUAUUUUCAGAUUUGUCCAGCUCUUUCUUUGAUGGCAUUUGGACAUUGAGCAGUAAUUUUGGUAGUUUUCAUUUUCUGUUAUUCAGGUUUUUUUUAGAAUUGAAAUUAUGUCUUAAUUUUUUUGUGCUCUCGGCAAGCCAAGAAUUUUAACAAUUCCUUCCUUCAUGAUAGCAGGUGUUAGCACAGGGAAGUCCAUCUGUAUCUCUGUUGUUAAGCCUUCGUUAUUGCACAGCCCAGAGAUGCAGGAAUGUGCAUUCGUGUGUUACAAAUUGACUUUCCUGGGUAUUGGCUUCAGUGCGCGAUGCAUGUACAGUUGUUUAAUGGCAUAUUAACAGUGAUCCUGCAGCACCUUCAGAAGGACCAACUAAUGUGUGUUCACCUUCUGCCCAUCUCCUACAGCACUAAUUGCCAUACUAAUGAAGUCUCCAUCACUCUUAGCUACGACCAUAGUGAACAGAGUAGUGAAAUCAGUGAAUCAGAACUGGGAUAUUCUAAACCUGGCCAAAGCGUAAAGAAGAUUCUGAAACUUUGCAAAAGUUUGACACAAUCGUGCUUCAACAAAACUUACAACAAAGCAGGCCCCUUCCACACAGCAAGGCUGAGAAACACUGAUACCGGGAGAUCUCAGCUUUGAUUUCGCUGAUUAAAAAAAACAAAAAACAAACGAGAUCCAGAUUUUUAUUGUGGCCAGGCAAUGAGGACCAACUUUCUGUUGAUUUCUCUAGUUCUCUUUCAUCACAGCUGUCAGAGAACUGCCAGCUUGCCGCUGGCUAUCACACCCUCCUUACUGCCUUCCCGAUCCCAAAGCUUCAGGAGUUGGCCACAUGAAACCUUGGCCGACUCCACCGCUUUCCGUUGAGCAGGAAGUUUUGUACUUGCCUGAGCCAAAUCCCUUAGGCUUCUUCAAAAACCCUAGCUGCACAUCAAAAAUGUUUGCUUUUCAGAGCAGCCUUCGGUCAGCUCAGUGCUAACACAUGUGAAGGAGUUGGUAAAAGUGAUAGCAAUUAUCUUUUCCUGACUUUCAGGCAUGGGUAUUUAAUAUAUGUAAUAGUAGGUUUGGUUAUUUCAGCAACAGAAUAAGACUGACGUGGUUGAAAGUGGCUAGUGGCGUUUCCCACUGUCCCUUGCUUCAGGCUGGUUGUGAAAAGAUAGUGAUCCAUAUGUGCUUUUACUUCAACCAUGUAAGGCCUCCAAGAUACUGUUAAGGAUUUGUAGGACAUUACAUUAAACCGGUAUUAAUGGGCAAUUGAAUGCAUCGUGUAAGUGUUUCCAGACCAAAGCCUCAGGCUUCUGCGGAGACAGCUUCAGGGCUGAUGCCCACAGAGAGGGCAGGAGCGACAUGGCAUAGGAGGGGACAGGACACUGCCCUUUGAGAGGGCCAGCAGGAGUUACUGAGAUCAGGGAGCUGUGCUGCAGGGCCCCUGCUGAGGGAAGGCGCUGCUGCAACCCGCAACAGAGGAGCCAAACAGAUGUGAAUUAGGGUUAAGGCAGCAAGGAAGAGUUCGUAAGGACAUGCAUUUUUUCCUGUAGGCUCUUCAAGAGUGAGCAAAUGCUCUGAUUUGUAACAACUCCCUUUGAAGGUGUAGAGUAGAAAAGCCUGACCUUUGAAAACCUUCCCCACCACAGUAAGGGAAAGAAGAAUCAGGCUGAGAGCGUUUAAGAUUGAGGCAACAAGAUCUUUCAGCCCGUGUUACCCAGGACCAUGGCAGCAUUACGCCGUCUCCUGUUGAGUGUGGUGUUGGCAGCGAUUAACUCUCAUGAGGUAAUACUGCAGGUACCAUGUUGAUUUUGUUCCUUAAUACUAACAGUAGCGUGUAGAUCACUCUCUUCUCUUUGCUUCUGCCUUGGUUACCUUCUUUUGCUCAUGGGUGCUAUCACAGCUGCUACCUCACUGUGUCUGCAAACACGUUUACCUGAUAACAACAAAAAAAGGUACCAGAAAUCUCCUUGAACUGAAUGUACAAUCUAUGCAAAUUCUCUUUCUUCUUCAUUAAAACCUAGAAGUAUUACUUGUAACCUUGCCAAAUAAACAGCAAGAUACUGUACAGGUGCCUCUGAUAACAGAGUGACAAUUCUAGGCGCGGUUCAUUGCGCUGCAUUUGUAUAUUGUAAUGACUUGUCUUUGGUUCUGUUGUAAUUAACACCCUCAACUGGAAGAUAGCAAUCUUUUGCUAGGGGAGCACCUUCAGUUUGCUGGGAAUAUUCUGAAGAAGGAUGUCUAUGGCAUUUCAUUUUAUUUUCCUGCUUGCAUCCAAAAGAAGGCACAGACCUGCUGGCCAAAAUUAGGCUGCUGUUCCAGAUUUUCCUUGGGUGAAUCCUGUCGGCUUUGGACCGCUCGGUGUCUGUUCCCAUUGUGGCAUCCAGUGUGUUGCCCCUUAAAGAAAGCCUUACUUUUGUCCUUUCUAAAUGUGGCCUUAAACUGUGUUAGGAAGUUCCGUGUUGUCUGUGUCUUGCUCACUUUUUCUGUUUGUUGUGGAAGGAAUAAAAGGCACCUUGAGAUUUCUAUUACAGCUCAGUUGUGUUGCUGUCAGCUUACACUUCACAAAUACAAUAGAAAUUGCUUACAAAUGCAGUCUUUAAGGGGAGAAAAUGACCUUCCCUUUGGGCAAAAAGAAAGCUCAGACGUUCAUAGAAACCUUAGGAAAUUAUGAGCUCUGUCUUCUGCAACUCACUGUAGAUAAGGAAGAUUGAUUUAAUUACCUUCAAAGUACAAACUUAAUAACUUUUAAUUUAUCUUCAGACUAUAACAGGACAGACUGCUUUCAGAUGCACAAGACAAAUUCUGGAGUAAUUUCACUCAUUUUGACAUGACAGUAGCAUUGCUGCUGGCAGCUGGGAGAAGGUAUAGCCUCUUAAUGGUAUGGUCUUAAAAUCUGAAGAACUUCACCACUUGGGGACAGAUUUUGAGUGCUGGUUGGGAAUCUAACAGCAUAUUUAGAAGACAGAGGAGGCUGGCUAUAUGAUCAAUAAAUGCAUUUCCAAAAAAAUAUGGAUUUUGGAGCUUCAUCCAAAGGUCAGCAGAAACGGAGAACUUCUGCUAAGGCUUGUAUCUGUUGGGUUUCUUUUUAAUACUUUUCCCCACGGAGUACUGUUGUGUCUCAGUAGCACCAAUAUUCCCGGCAGGCUGCGGUGCUUUUAGGAACCCCAAAUCCCAGGUUAUUUUGGUAUUCAGAUGCGGAUACAACCCAAAGGCAACAGAAAAGGAUUUACAUAGAAAACAAGAUUUGGGGGAAAAAAAGAAAAAAAAAAAAAGAAUUAAUUUGAGUUAAUGAAAUGGUUUUUCUGACUUUGUCAUUUUGGUUUUGGUUUGGGUUGAUUGGAUUUUUGUAUUGCCUAACAUAGUCCAUAAUAAGUUAUUCCUAUUCUGUCAUUUUCAAAGACUGGUGGUAAUAUAGUUUUAAGAAAUAACUAUUUUGUUAUAGAUCAUAAUAUGCAUAAAACUGUACAGAAAUAUUUUGUAAGCUAUUGAAUAAGAAAAAAGAAAAACCAUGUAUAUACAGCAAAGUUUAAAAAAAAAAAUUGGAAAUUCAAAUGGAACACACUGAAAGAUGUAGAUAUUUUGCUAUUUAUUUAAAGGAGUAUUUUAUGAGAUAUUGAAAUGUCUUAAAUUGACUGGUAAUCAAAGUUCAAAGUCAGAAUGCUUUUCUUGUAGUAGAAUGUGAUUUUCAGCAAUUAUUGCACUACCCGGUUUUGCACCCUUUUGUCUUUCAUUUAGCAGAAAACAAUGUGCCUUAGCUGUAUUCUUUGUCAAUGGGAGUUUGGUUUUUUUGUCCGACAAAGCAAAUUUUUUUGCAGAAAAAGAAAUGGAUGUAUUAAAUACUGUAUUAUACCAAAAACACUGCAGUUGUAUAUAAAUGCUUUCUGUCAUACUGUGUUUUCAGAUGCAGAAUUUUAAAAUAAUAAAAAAAAAAGGCUGUCUUUA